AUGCAGCCCAUCGGACGGACAUCGUCUAGACCGAAACCGCCUAUAGCAACCAAGCAAAUGACGGCGCCCACAGAUCGCGCCUGUUCGCACACACAGCCGUAUCCGAAUCCUCCAUUUCACUCUCCCAUUGGAUUCACUCGCCGUCGCAACCGCAACCGCAUCCUCAUCCGCAUCCGCAACUGCAAUUGCAGCCGCAGUCGCGGAAGUGCAUGCAUCUAG